GACACUUGGCUGUAGAUUUAUCGAGCAGGCGAGGUCAGCUGAUCCAGGAAGGAACCAUAUUACAUACACACUCACACACACACACACAUACCUGGUCACAAGACACGCAGUCGUAUCAGCUGACGUGUCACAAUGGGCGUUUUCCAAGGAUGUAGUCGACUCGUCUUAGUCGCGGUCAACAUGCUUUUCACACUGAUAGGAUUAGCGCUACUGGUUGUCGGCUGCAUAGUGCGGUUUGGCGCAAACGUCCUUGACCCAUACUUGAACGAUCUUCUAUCCGCCUUGUCGGAACUAAUGAAAAAAGCUGGAACUGACCUUGACCUUGCGAACUUUGACCUCGGAGAGUACCUGUCGAACGCGUCUCUAGCUGUUAUCAUAAUAGGGACGUUCUUCUUUGUGGUUGGAAUUCUGGGAUGCUGUGGGGCGUGCUGUAAGCUCCGCCCGUUUCUGGUUGUCUACGCUGUCAUCUUAAUUCUGAUAGUACUGGCCGAGGUUCUCUUCGUAAUCCUCUUGUUCGUCAUAAGAGACAAGAUAAAGGACGUUCUAAAGCAACCAAUGCUGGAUUCCAUUAGAGAAGACUUCACCGGCUUCAACGGAACUGACGUCAUCACUCUUGGGUGGAACUUUGCAAUGAUCAGCUUCAAGUGUUGUGGUGUGGACAAUUACACAGAUUUCUGGAACGCCUCUCGUUGGAUUCGAACAUACAACGAUCCGACGCUGAAUUUUACGCAAACACUGGAAGCGCCUAUAGCUUGCUGUAAGCUCAACGGGACCUUCCCCAAUGUGGAAGCCCCGGCAAACUUCACAUGCGCAGUGCAUCCUAACCCAGAAAUCUCAAACAUUGACAAGGGAUGUUUUCAAGCGUUUGAGGACUUUCUUACUGGCAACAGCAACGUCAUGAUCGGGGUCGGCGCUGGAGUUGUGCUUAUUGAGCUCUUGAUGAUAAUUUUCGCUUUCUGUGUCUGCCAUCAAAAUAACAAGAAGGUCGAUGACUACGAUUAGAGACAGAGAGCAAGAAAUAUAGAUACAAAGUGAUAGUUAGUGAGUGUGUAUGCUGGCCGCUCGUCAUAUGCGAGUAAAAAUUCUAACGGACGAGUUAAAAAGUGCAACUAUCUGUCCGACAGGCGAUCUAUAUGUUUCUGAUUGAGUGUAUUAUAAUUUUAUUAAUUUAGUUAGUUUUAUAUCAAAUACUAAUAAUCUUGCAUUGAAUCCGCGACUCCGCAUCAGCCAUGCAAUAAUUUCAAACCAUACAAACAAACGGUUCAGAUGAAUGUCAUACACAUUGCCAAUAGACUUCGGAGUUCAGAACUGCGCAAGCGCGACAUUCCGGAAACGGGUUAUAGCGAAAACGGAACCAAUUGGACAAACCAGAACCUAGCGCUGGCUGAAACGGCACCACAAUCUAUGAUUAUAUGGCUAAAAUGGAACUAAAGAAAAAACAAACAAACAAACAAAGGUAUGGCUAAAACGGUAUCAUUACAAGUUGUGAACGAUAUCUUCAAUAAAAUAACAGCUAUAAUAAGCAUUUAAUAUUUCCUUUUAUAUUUGUAUGUCUAUAUAGGGGAGAUAGAAGUAUUAGCAGAUAGCUAGAAGUCGGUGCAAUGCAAUCAAGUUCACCAAUACAUUCAAAUUCUCGCCAUUACAUUGAGGUGCCGUUAUAGCCAAAUCGGUUUCGUUUUCGCCAACAAAAAUGGUUCCGAUUUAGCUUAGCCUAAUUCCCAGGAAACAGGGCCUGUCAAAGGUCAGUAGUUCCUAAAAGAUAUUUGUUUACGUUGAAAGUCUGUUGCCGGUGUGUUUUGAAUAGAUUCUUCUAUUAAAUACUUGAAUUUUGUAAAUCUAUAUCAACAAAAUGUGCCAAUCAAGGUUUGGGGUUUGAUUUCGUUCAUGUUGAUGACUUACCAAGUGGUCUUAAUGUUUUUGUCAUUAUAUAUAUAUAUAUAAUUAAAAUAUUACUAAACAAAAGUGUAUUUUGUAUAGGCUUGCAGACUAGUAGAAAUUCUGGCGGGCUAGUAAAUUUUAGAUGGUUCGAAUCCGGCAGGCUAGUUAAAUAGUUUCCAUUUCUGCACCCCUGUGUAUGUGUGUGUGUGUGUGUGUGUGUGUGUGUGUGUGUGUGUGUGUGUGUGAGAGAGAGAGAGCGAGAGAGAGAGAGAGAGAGAGAGAGAGAGAGAGAGAGAGAGAGAGAGAGAGAGAGAGAGAGAGAGAGCAUAUAUAAAUUGAACAAUAAAGAAACAAGAAUAUAAAUAGACUCCGUCAAUAUGGGCCUAGAAUGUUCACAGGACAUUGAUAAUAUUAACUGACACAAAGCUAAAGGGUUCAAACUGAUUAGUUUUAAAUAAAAAAUAAAAAAUCUUUUGUUGUUCAGUGUAUAGAGAAUAAUACACGAGUGACCGUUAGAUAACAUUUAUCUCACAACGAAUUGUUUUAAAUGUAUCUAACGAGCGAAAGUGAGUUUGAUGCGUUUUUAAACAACGAGUUGUGAGAUAAAUGGUAUCUAACGGACACGAAUGUAUUAUUUUAUUUCUUACAUAUUACGUUUAAUUUAUUUUAUUAUAUUUUAUUAUCAUCGACAAAGCAUGUUUAUGGUCGACAAUCUAGUCGAGUCAAGGGGCGUAUCCAAGGGAGGGGACCAAGGAGACCAGCCCCUCCCACCCGAAAAAAACAAAUUCAAGUGCCCCUUUUUAAGUAAUUUGUUUUCCAUUUCCAGUUUACGAAUGUUAUACUUUUACUGAAGUUCCGUUAUCAGGUCUUGUUCAAUGAGACCCUUUACCCUUGAUCCCCGCGCUAGAAGAAUGCAUGGGUCCUCCCUUGGAUCGACUAAUAAAGGGACCUAAUUCACUAAACUCUCGCAACUUUGCGAUCUCGCAGUGCAAUGCUAAAAGACUUUGCAAAGAGGAUGCUUUGUUGUCUAGCAGAGCCUAAGAGACCUUUGUGAAUUAGGCCCUGCUCUGCAACUGGCAGAAAUGAUGUUAGUGUUUGUUUUGCUUAAUAACGACACCACUAGAGCACGAAAUGAUGUUAGUGUUUGUUUUGCUUAAUAACGACACCACUAGAGCACGAAAUGAUGUUAGAUAAAAGCGGCCUGUGAUUUGAUUGUUAUAUUGAUAAUCAUUUAUCUUCUUGUUUUGUUAAAAUGAAAUCGUUGUCUUUG